CGCAUCACGAACGCGCGAAUCCACAAUGUUCGGCCCCUUCCGUCUCACAAACCCGCUAUCAGGCGGUCUGCUCUGGAAAAUCCCAUGGCGCUUGUCCCGCCACCAGAAGUACAGGCAACGCGAGCGCCUCCGAAAUGUAGAUGGCGUUGUUGCGACACUUGACAAUGCGCUGGCGAGGACGGGAUUGAGCAUGAAGAAGGUGGACCGCUGGAAGAUGGAGAUGCCGACCGAGCAGGAAAUGCUGCCCAAGGACAAAUACACAGUGUUCGACAGGAAGGUUAAGAGGUACAGGAAGGGAAUUCACAAGGUACCAAAGUGGACAAGAGUCAGCCAGAGACUCAAUCCCCCUGGUUUCUAAGCCAGAAACGAUGGUUUGGUGUAUUAUACUACAUGUUUCUCUACGGUCUGCAUGGGCUAUGGCGUAUUUUCUUGAAUCAAAGACAUUCAAAUUCGACGCUUAUUUGUGAACGCUAUGAAAUGCCGUCUGUGUUACCUGAUACUAGCUUGCAGCUGUGUAAUGAGUUGCGGUGUAGGCGGAUAUUUGUACGUCGUACGAUUGGCAGGAUUAUUGUUUGCUUGUUCUGCGCCACCAAUACCUGACUGCUUGUUGUUAGGCUCUCUCACCCGCGCAUCGUAAGAGCGAAGUUUGAUCGACUUGUACCUUUACCUGCGGUCACACUAUCCUUACUCUCAC